GUUCGAUUUCCUCACCACCAAGGCAGAUAACACUGCGAAUGGACAAGUCUACGCAGCGGUACUUGAGUCUCAUUCCGGUGCGACGUGCCACGUCGCAGUGAAAACCUUCCGAAAUCCCUUCAAAGGCGCUUUGGAUGAUGAAAAAAAGCAAAAGGCGAAGGAACAGGCCGAUGUGGAGGACCGCGUUGAGGAGGACGACGACGAGGACGAGGACGACGAAGAAAAUAAGAAAGGUACAAUGAGGAUUCAUCUGAUAUAGCAGCCUCUUGCUAGUCCUCUCCUAGUAUUCCGAAAAAAAUAAAAAAAUGCCAGAACCAAAAGUAGUCAGAUGAGGACGAUCAUCGACGCUGCAACUAUGUAGACACAGACAAAGAAGAGAAAUUGCUAACCUGAUCGAUACACGGCGUUCUGUUACGUGCGUUCAACUUUGUUCUUUUCCAGAUGGCGACGACCAUACCCGGAUGCUGACGGAAAUCGACUUCGCGUCGGCACUGUCGUUGGGAAAGGCCGGGGGUAAUCCCGCUGGCUUUUUCUUUGCUCAACCCGUCGCGGUGUGGACCAGCGCAGACGUUUACCCAAAAAGAAUACGGAUCGCAGACGUCGACCAGACGGAUCGCUAUGCCAAGCGUCGUGACUUGCCAUCCCAGGUCUGCGUUGCCUUUCGGAAAGAGGCUCCACCUCCAACUGCUGUCUUCGAAAAGGGUUCCAGCACGGUCGAAACUGCGACUCGGUACUGUUCGUAGCGAUGAAGUGAUAACGUAUAAAUUUACCUUCAAAAAAGUGCAGCAUGGGGAUUCUUGAUUCGUUUUUGUUUGUUUUCCUCCUAUUCUCGACUGGAAAGUGCCCAGACAGUUUUCCUCGCAGAAAACUCGACAGUGCCCAGACAGUAUCUCGCCCACCUAGAGGCAAGCACCAAUGUUGUUUUCCUCGUAUUCCAUACUUCUUUUCGCACUUGUUAGUUCCUAUGUGUUGUGGCCCUGAAGACGCCUUUCUUCUGCCCUAGUACGGUCGCAUAUCGAUACGCAAUGGAUUCCUGUUGCAGGUAUCUUGCUGGGAUCAUAUUGACGUGCGCCGCAGCAAUCGAGUUCUUCACCAACCACGACAAAACCGACUUCUUCAUCGUGGUCAUGCGUGACCUGAAGAUCGGUAACAUUCUGCAAGCCGGCGAGCGUGCGCAGGAACUCUUGACGCCCGAGGAGCGCCAACGGCUUACCGUGAUGGACGGCCAGAUCGAGCUUCCUCAUUUAGUCCAUUGCGACUUCGCGUGCUAUAAGGAGCUGAAAGUGCCGCAGACCGGAACGAAGCGGGGACUCAUAAAAAGAAACCAAGCUUCGAAAGAAGCGGAAACGGGGUCAACUUUUAAUGCCGCGCCGGAAUUCCUGGAAAAUGACAAUGAUGAGACAGAGAAAAACCGGAAGCCGUGGCUCGGGCCGAAAUCCGAUUGCUACUCCAUGGGAAAAAUCCUCUUAGCGGCGGUGCACACUUUCGUCUCCGAAGCAGAGGAUUUUGACGAAGUAAGUGAAGACGUGCAGGAGGCCCCUGUCAAUGCUAGGUAUUUUGCCCGCGCCUUAUGGGCAAAAGGCAACCUGCCGCAAGUCUGCAAGGAACUCGGUGGUGAGGACCUCGAGCGGUAUUUUUUUAUGUCAAAUUACAAUUGCUUAAAAAAGCUACUUCUCCACCAAUACAUAAAGAUUCCAGCAGGUGGUCUCCUCGGGAUACUUAUCUACAUCUAGCCGGAAUUGGCUUCUUGUUACGGGGAAGGGGUCAUCUUUCGCCAUUUGGCUUUGCGAACAAAAGUCUUACUUCUUGCUACAUCAAAAAUAGAAGCAUUGUAAAUUAUUCUUUGUUUUGUAGGCAUGAAAAAUUGAAUAAGCAAAACAACCCUGCAGUUUCGCCAAACGGGUGAUCGCAAACCCAUACAACCCGCUGCAAGAUGAGGUGCUGGACGAGGCUGUGAAGAAGAAACUCGACGCCAAAGCCAAGGAAGUGGCAAAAAAUGUGAAAACGUUUGUCCAGAUGAAAGUGGAGGAUGAUGCCACAUGCAAAGACGAAGUGGCAAAGCUGAAGUCAGCUGUGGUCACGAUCCUUGUGAAGAGCCUCGCAAUCGAAAUGACCGAUCGCCCCGGUCCGGAGGAAAUCUUUGACGGUUUGCAGGUACGUACCUGUAAUUGUAAGCUACUUACUAGAUUAACUCAUUCACGGAUGUCAUGCUAUUGUUCCUUUGCACUGCUACUAUCUCACCUUUGCGUCGUCCCUGUGCAUGCACCAGAAAUAGAAGGCUGCUAAGACCAACACACUCCCUUUUCGUCGGCCGCAGCGAGUCGAAAGCGGCACGAAGAAAUCAGUUUUUGACUACGUGCACGACGGGUACUCCCCGUAUUACUGUUUUUCUUUCGUUCUUUCCAGGUAUCCGAAACUUUGACACGGGAGCUUCCAGCUAUGAAAGAAUACCUCGAUUUAGUACGAAACUCGGCUGUUGCGGAGAAAGACAGGUCUGUGCCGGCUCUGCGAAUCAAACUCGCGAAAUCACUUGCGGUGCUUAACGAAAACGGGGGUGGCUACUUCACCAACAAGUUGUCGACGGCGCCCUCUCAAAAGGUUUUCCCUUUCUCCGAACCGCCCCCUGGUGAUAGUAGGGAGAAUACUUUCCCUUUCGUCAGCAAGACAAACAAGCGCAAGUCAACUAACUCCAACAAGAAUUUUUACGACAUGAAUGACGAUGACGAGGAUGACUCCCCGGGAAAGCAAGCAGAAAUAAGACGGACCGCCGCAUUGAUAAGAAAAAGAAAUCAAAACUUGAAGUAAAAAAAUACAAGCGAAGAUGAAACUCCAGUCCGUGCAAUCAGUAUCACUGCUGUACCUACUGAAUACAAAAUCAACAUCAAGCAGAGUUUGUACCUUGAUUUUCCAAUACGUCGCUACGCUCCCGCUCGAGCUGCCUCGUCUGGUUUUUAAAGUUCAAGGUGGCAUGCAUCAACUCUUUUUUCAAUGUCCACUACGGCCGAAUCGACUUUCAGUUGUGAUUUCUCUAGGGAUAACGGAUGUCAAAUGUCCAAGUUCUAUGGGGGACUGCCAAGGUGGAGGCUGACGGCUAUCUUCAUGUCAACAAAAUUACCAAUGCAAACGACGAGACGAAGAAGUCCGUGAAGGAAUUGAAGUUGCUGAAUCUCUCGAGUUUCACGGUUGCUGGAAGCGAGGAUAAGAACUUCAAACCGUCCCGCUUCCUGACAAAAGUAGGUGGCCAGGGCGACUUAUGGUACCACUGCGAUUCCCGUAACGACAAGAACAGUGUACAAGCUGCAUUGGGCGGUGGUCACAACGUUCAGAAAUUGACCUACUGGUAUGUAAAUUGAGGAUUCGCUUGGCUCCGUUUUUUCACUAACGUCUGGCUCUAGUCGUUUGAUUUUGUAGAGCCACCUUAUAGUUCAUCAUCAGUUCUUGCGUUAACGUCGUCCAUGCUGCAUUUCCGCCCUCGACAUCAAUAAAUAUGAUUCACAUUCAGCAUCUGGAUCUCUAACAAUGAAUACCAAAAUCAGGAUUGACAUCGAAGUCUUCAACGCGGACAAGGUUGCGGAGCACCAACGCGUAGCUGACAUUUCCGCGCCGGUGAUUUUCCAGUUCGACGCGAGUCGUGGCGCUGCCUAAAUCCAGAUUUAGGACGCGGCGCUCCGUCUCGGCUGCCAGCAAGCGGCGUGGAACGUCCAAUCUCCAGAAAGUCAAAGUAGCAACAUAAUGGAUAGAUAUAACUACAAGAUUUAGUUUUCAUCGUAAAAAUCGUAGACCUCCUCGACCAUAUUUUUGACACGGCUCUGUUAUUGUUCUCUGCUAGUGGGAUUGUGAUUUUUACAAUGCAUAUCGACACUAGCGGGCGCGCACGCGGAUGACCGAUAAUUAUUUCCACCUCGUGACUUUUUUUAUUAACUUCUCGCACAGACAUACAUGUUAGUGUUACACGACGAGUCAGUGGUGCCCCUUGAUGACACGACUACGAAACUGCAUAUGGAAUGCAGCAGCUCCGCUGAAGACGUGAAGCUGGUCGUACAUCGUAGCUUUGUGAAGCUGGCAGACUGCAGCUGCGCAGCCGAAGCCGUGCCUCUGUCUUUACAACUCGUAUGUCUAUUCAACUUGUAUGUAUUCCGGAGAGUAGUCUCUCCACCUACAGUUUUCCGCCGUCACCGAUUUACUGCUUAGAAAGAUUUUCUUUUUUUCCGAUUUCCAUGUAGGUACGUUUUUUUUUUGAAUUCCAAUUUCACUCUUUCUAGUUUUUCCACCAGUUCUAGACAUUUCGGUUUCGCGCAAGUCAAUUAUAUAAAGAAGCAAAUAAUACUUUACUGCUCGCUCCAGAGUAGCUGUAGGAUUGCAAUCAUGAUGAUCAUGAUGUUUUUUUUAAAAAAGGCCAUGGAGAAGAAGGAAGUAGAGCCGUCGUCGAGCCCAGCACGAUAUAAUAAUCAUCAAGGUUCUGUCAACAGCAACAGCAUCAAUCUCGAUCGAGCCAAGAACCGGAACGCAAGGCAGGGCCCCCGACGCAGACUG